AGCAAGCGCAACGCGUCGUUUGCGUCUUAUUGAGAAUGGUCGCGUUUUUCGGCUGCCACGCCCGCCCGGCUUCGACGAGGAGCGAAGACGAAUCCUCCAGGGCUUCAUUUUCCGAGCCUUCCGAAGAGCUCCGAGAAGAAGCGGAGCAUCCCAGGAACACAAACUGGACGCGCAGUGGGCCGACUCGAAAGUAAACGAUGCCAUAACCGGCAUCGUGCGAGAACUGGCGGCGCUUGGUGUUUGGACUGGUGCUUUACAUCGUCGCCGCGGCCGAUCUCCUCCCCCGGAUUGGACUCUGUACUUGGCCGCCUUCGCCCUGGCCUUGCCCCCAACCGGGCCAAGCAAUCUUGGGGCGGCUUCCGCGUGCGCCACGGGCACAGCGCGCCCACGCCCUCGGGCCCCAUCGCCCGUUAAGCAGGAGGGGCCCCCGUGCCGCUGCCUCGUCGUGCUGGGCCCCCCGCGCCGGCCGGGCGCAGCGCUGCUCCCG